GGCAAUAAAAACCUUGUCUUUAGUUCUUCCCAGGGUGUCCAAGUGCUGCUACCCAUAUUCUAAACAACACCGUAUAAUCUGUCCGUUCAGACUGCUCACAUAACUAAACAAAGGAGAUCAAACGACACCAUAAAGCAGGCACCUCCUUCCCUAUAUUUAUCACAAAUUCCAUGCACCUCUUCAUCCGAACCUCUCGACAGUCAACUCCACAAAACACCUCUCCACUGUCAACUCCACAAACUUCCUCGUUUUUCUCAUUCUAAACGCAGAAAAUGAUCUCCCUAGAAACUGUUCAAGCAACAUCUAGAUCCAUUGAACCUUCAAGCCCCCGUAUUUCUUUCUCUGCUGAUUUCCUUCAUGACCAGAACUUCAUUCCAAUUAGUCCGAGCCCACAGGCUGAGAAAGAUGGAGAAGCAGAGCGAGAAAAAGCUAGAAAUGCAGACUUUGAGUUCCUUUCAAGCAAAAUGAGCAGCCAGACCAUGCUAACAGCAGAUGAGCUUUUUUUCGAAGGGAGAUUACUUCCCUUCUGGCAAAUGCAGCAUUCUGAGAAACUCAACAAAAUUAGCCUCAAAACUAAAGAAGCUGAGGAAGGGGAAGGGCAGGGGAUGAGCAAGGAAGAGCCAAGGGUUUGGUUUGUUGAUGAUGACCCAUCUCCAAGGCCACCAAAGUGCACUGUUCUGUGGAAAGAGCUGCUAAGGCUAAAGAAGCAACGUGCUUCUUCUUUGUCCCCCUCUUCGUCUUCCUCUUCGACAUCAUCUACUUCUAGCUCUGCCCUUGCAGACAUUGUUACUAAGGAAGAAGGGAAGCACGGUCCUGGAAAUGGAGAGAAGCAUGUGAAGAGGAUAAGGAAAGGACUGGAGAGAACAAGAUCAGCCAGUAUCAGAAUAAGGCCAAUGAUAAAUGUCCCAAUUUGCACACCGGUGAAGAGCAGUGCAUUGCCGCCUUUGUUUCCCCUUAAGAAAGGGAGGCUAGAAAGGUGAAAGAUUGGAAAGGGAAACAAAAAGUAGAUCGAGUUUGUAAGAACCGUUGGGUCGUUCAGUCUUUACGUUCAUCUCUUUUAUCA